AUGGCUGAACAUCCAGGAAAGCAUGUGCCAGAUUAUGAAUCAAGUGGAGAGUCUAUGCAAAUUAGCAGUCCAAGUGAUUUACCAAUGGCUGCCUUGGCAGCUUGGAAUGAUCUUCCUGAGAAAAUUAAGAAGGAUCCCUACUUGGCACCUUUCCGAAGAGGCUAUGAAAAACACAUUGCAAAAACAACUCACAGACUACAGCUGGCGUGCUUGAAUUUAGUUGCUGUUGCUGGUGAAAACAGGGUGGUGGCGGUGGGGGCGGCGGCGGCGGCGGCGGCGGCGGCGGCGGCAGCAGCAUGUUCAAGGCCAUUGUGUAGUGGACAAAGGUCCACGUGGAAUGCGGAAACUGGCAUGAUAGUCACUUUGUACUCGUGGGUUUUUACAAUUGUCAAGGAUGGGCCACAUAACCAUAUUGGCCCAUUGAGGGGUCGGCAGAAAACUGUUGCUGCCCCUGCUCAGACUGGACUGUGGUUGUCUGGGUUUGGUGGUCGAGGUUACUUGAUUCUGGAAGAACCAAAGCAAAAUCAUUUGGGUGUGAGUUUGACAGGAGCAUUUUUACCAAAGUAUUACAGAAAUUUGUCUACAAAAGCUCUGACAGCAAGGGUGCAGCUAGUUUCCUACAGACACAAAGAAAAGUUAUUAAGAAAUGUAACAUCAUUCAAGAAAACACAUGUUUCUUCUGUUCAGAAUGUAUCGGAUGAAUGGAAAGUGCCCCUUGUCUCAAGCAGAGAAUUAAUAGAACUUGUUCCAGAAGUUACAGUUGAGAAAGUUUUACAAAUAGAUGUCAGCAAAUACAGUGACAGUCACAGUGUACUUCGUCUACAGUUACGGACAAAUCUUGAUGCUAGUGUGCCUGUUGCUAUUGGUUAUGAUUUAACUCCAAUAGAUACACAUGGUGGAAUCAUUUUGGCAGCUCUGGUACUCCUUGGUCUCUACAUAUUAAUUGUGUUUGAGGUUGUUCAUCGUACAUUAGCUGCCAUACUGGCCUCAACAAUGUCUGUGGCAAUACUUGCCUACUUUGAUGAGAGACCUUCCAUGGCAGAGCUUGUCUCAUGGCUUAAUGUUGAAACACUGCUGCUGCUAUUUUCAAUGAUGGUUUUGGUUGCUAUUUUUGCUGAAACUGGUGUUUUUGACUAUCUUGCAGUCUUUGCAUUUAAGGUGACAAAUGGUAAAGUAUGGCCACUUGUCAAUGUACUUUGUAUCUUCACAGCUACGCUGUCUUCAUUUUUGGAUAAUGUCACAACAAUGAUGCUUAUGACUCCAGUAACAAUCAGGUUGUGUGAAGUAAUGCAGAUAAAUCCUGUGCCAAUAUUAAUGGCACUUAUCAUGUACUCCAAUGUAGGUGCUGCCUUAACCCCUGUGGGUGAUCCACCAAAUGUAAUAAUAGCAUCGAAUUCAGACAUACAGAAUGCAGGUGUCAAUUUUGGGUCUUUCAUACUGCAUAUGGGAGUUGGAUUAGUAUUUGUCAUGUCAUCACUCUACAUCCUGCUGCGUUUCAUAUUCUUCAGAAAUAUAGAGGAUCUGCGUUACAAUGAACCACAAGAGGUUCAGGAUUUACGGCAUGAGAUUGGUGUCUGGCAAAGAGCAGCUGCAUCAUUAACAUCAUAUUCAAAAGAUGAAGAUAUUGUGAGAAGAGCACUACUGAAAAAGGUGAAACACCUUACAAGGGACCUUACAGAGCGAAUAAACAAUGAAGGGGAGGACAAGCCUGAUUAUUCUACAGAACUAGAUCGUUUGCAGAACAUGUAUCCUAUCCGUGACAAGGAAUUGCUGUGGAAGUCGGGAAUCACAUUACUCCUUGUGAUUUCAAUGUUCUUUUUGCAUUCAGUGCCAGCCUUAAAACUUUCUCUUGGUUGGACUGCCCUACUAGGUGCAAUGCUGCUUUUGCUUUUAGCUGAUAAUGAAGAUAUAGAAGGUGUACUAGCUCGUGUUGAGUGGGGGACACUGAUCUUUUUUGCUGCACUUUUUGUUUUAAUGGAGGCACUUUCAAGACUGGGUUUAAUAGAAUGGGUUGGUCAGCAAACAGAAAAUGUAAUUCUGUCUGUCUCUGAAUCUGCUAGACUGGCAGUGGCAAUUGAAUUAAUAUUGUGGGUAUCGGCAGCAAUGUCAUCACUCGUUGACAACAUUCCUCUCUCAACGAUGAUGGUAAGAGUAAUCACUUCACUUGCGAAGAAAGAAGAAUUGAAUCUGCCAUUAAGACCUUUAGUGUGGGCAAUGGCUUUUGGUGCCUGUCUAGGAGGCAAUGGUACAUUAAUUGGUUCAUCAUCAAAUGUUGUCUGUGCUGGAGUUGCUGAGCAACAUGGCUACAGGUUCACAUUUAUGCAGUUUUUCAAGAUUGGGAUGCCAGUCACAAUUGUCACUGUAAUAAUAUCCAAUGUGUACCUUAUAAUAUGCCAUGUUGCUUUAGAAUGGCAUUAA